AUGGAAAGCGAGAAUAAGGCUCAUUGGAAGGCGGCCUUGAGUUUUGAAGAAGCUCGAGAAAUUUACAGCAAGAGGCCCCAUGGCAACUCAGACUCAGAUACCGUGCUCUCGAGCACCAUGUUGAGCAACCAAUACAGGAUCAGCCCCAAGGCUGUACGAGACAUCUGGAACAAGCGCACAUGGAUCAAAGCAACGCAGAGCAUGUGGACGCGAGAGGAGAUCGAAUUAUAUGUGGAGAAGGCCAACAACAAGCAGGCCAAGAAGCCCGGCAGGCCAGUAGGAUCGAAAGACAGGAGGCCAAGGAAGAAGCGGAACAUUUUGCAUCACGACGAUGACCAGCCCCUGCCAUAUACUGCUCAGGGUGAACAAAACGUCACAGACUUCGCGUUCCAGGUUGUCCCCGAGCCAGAAGACGUCGUCUCUCUGCCGGCCAUGGCCGAGGACGAGACCCUGAGUUCAUUUUCGCUCGGAGGACUCUUGGACGACGAGGCUGGGAAGAAAUCUUCGAAUCAGUCCGGCAGUUGCACCAUCUGCGAGGCGCUCCAAAUGUUCGGUGAGGUGGACCCUAACCAGCCUCCUCCUCCUCCCAACCAUGGCCAUAUCAUCGAGUUCUUCGACCAUAAUCAGCUCUACGGGGUUCAGCUGGAGCAAGGAGAGGACCCAGCUAUCUCUGAGCUGCGAAAUUUUGACAUCAAUGUUGGGUUUCCUAUCAGCCUUGGCGCUGACUUGAUUCAAAUGCGUGAUAUAUGA